AUGGCGGUCAUCUAAUACAGUUCAUGUUUUUUUCAUGUGUUUUUAUUUCUUGCAUUUUAUUAUUAUUGUGCAGAUCCUUUGGUUUCCUCCCCAAGAGAGGCUCCUUCCUUGGGAGGAGAAAGAUGACACCAAAGGCCACACCUCCCAAACCCUGGAAACCCUUCACUUUUUAUUUGUACCUGAUGAACCUGAACUCAGAGACAACCCCAACACCUGAAGGAGAGUUCAGGCUUGCGCAGGCUGGACUUGGAAAGAGGCUUAUCAACAUGUCUAACGACAUGAGUCAUGAUCAGGUAUUAACAAGAUAUAAUUAUAUAAUUUAGUACUUUAUUGUAAACUGCAGCAUGUAGUACAGUAAGACAUUGAAGCUAAAAAUAUAGAAUAAAAGUCCUUUGUAUGGGCAUUCCUGGGUAUGGGCUUAAUAUUGAUGACAUGAGCUAUCUCCAUACAUAGGCAUAAAGUCCAGAUUUGGGCUUAGUAAUGAUGACAUCAAGGAUCUCCUUUAUAUAGGCAUAAAGAGGAGUCCUACUUCUUGGUCAGUGAUGACAUCAGGGAUCUCCAUAUAUGGACAUAAAGGGGAGUCCUACAUCUUGGUCAAUGAGUCAGAGUGAUUUCUGAACAGUGAUCUGACAGUGAUGUCUUAACAGUCCAACAUCUUGGUCAGUGAUGUCAGAACAAUUAGACAGACAUCACGCUGAGUGAUGUCAGAGUGUCAUCACGAGUGCGAUAGACUAACACGACAGGCACGGACAAGAGGUUUAUAACAACUUGUCAAAACAUACGGGUUAAAAUUUCUUUUUAAAUGCCUGUCAUCAUCCUAGUGUGGGGCUAUUUUCCAUUAUUUAAAAAUCAGUUUCUAUGCUAACCCUUUCCUCUUAGUUCACCUUACUGCUGCAAGUUGAGUACCCAAAGAUGAAGAAUCUCACUGGAGGCUACUACCUCUAUAAGGCUACAGGUAGUGAGAAUGUGUAAACUAUUAUCUAUUGUAAUACAUUGCCAUAUAACCUGCCCCAUCAUUUGAAUUAUCCUGACAAUGUUGUUUCAGGUGGUCAGGGCAAAAGACGACUUACUGUCAUCUCGCCAGACUUCAACGAUGGCUACACGGCGAGUCUAUCAGAAGUGCUACGGGGGGAGGGAAGAAUGCUCUGUAUGCAGUGCCUUUACAGUACAGCUUUGAUAUGACGCCUUUACCUCCAGAUGCACUAGAGUUUCUCCACACUCCUGAAGAACGCUGCCAAAAGUGCAGGGUUCCUUACCCCUUGCACUUUUUGCAAGGCCACAUUAGGGAGUGUAAAGAGACUUCGUCAGAGGAUGACGAUUAUGAGGUAAGUGUCACCAUGAAAUAUGAAUUUUAAUUUCCUGUCCAUUGAGUCCAAAAAUCUAUUUAAUAUUUAACUGAUUAAUUGAAGAAUUUGUUAGAGGUUUCCAAUAUGAAAAUAUACAGUUUCAUGAUGGUACAAAUCACUGGUACACGGUCAACUAAAAGGAUAUUUUAGAAUUUUUACUUAUUAACUCAGGAACCACUAUGUAUCUCAUGACAUUGAAAGACUGAUAGAUAAAACACAGUACUUUCUAUAGAAUAAUACCAAUAGAGGGUAUGCGCGUGAUAUCAUCAUCAUACCCAGAAGUUAUGCAGGAACACCUUCUUAGUGGCAAAAACUACUUUCUGGAUCUUACAGUGCAUAAAUCCAAACAAAAAAGUCCUAUCUGAUUGCAUUAAACAAUAGCAAACUCAAUUUGCCCCUCAUUUUGCCACUCGAUUUGCCGUUCGCUUUAAGCAUAUGCAUACCCUCUAUACGAUAAGAACAGAUCCUAACUACACUUGAUCUUAGCCAUGUGCAUAUCCCUGCAUAACUCCAUUUUCGGGAAUUGACAUAUGUCAAGAAGAGUUUUGUGAUUUUAAUUAUUUUGAAGGGGAAUGACAUGUGGUCUACCUGAUCUACGUUUUGGGAACCCCUGUAUUACAUCUAUUUAGAGUGUUCUUUCAUUCAUCUUAGACAUCUCCAGCUGAUGUUGAGAUACUGUCUGUGACGGCACCCCAAGCCACUGAUAUGAUGUCACCUCCUGUGAAGCAAGACAAGCAGAAUUCUGAAGAAGUAUGUGUUUCUUCACUGUUUUAUGAAAUGCUUGCAUUAACUGUUUUGUAUGGCUGGGGAUGUUAUUUUCAAAUUGUUUUAUCUCCAUCAGAAAGUCGAGUGUCCUAUCUGCUUCCAGAAGUUCACAGCACAUCUCCUGCAGGUCCAUGCUAGCGCAUGUGGAGAAAGGUAUUGAGAUUGUGCAUAUUUAAUUUUAUAAAGAUUUUUGUACUUUGCCCCUUACAUCAACAUGUCUCACUUGUAGCUACCUAUAUAAACAAGAGGAGGCUCGUAGCGAGGACAUCAGUGAGAUGUCUACCGUGGGCCAGAAGGAAGGAGAGGAGAUUAAAACGUAAUUAAUUUCUAAAUACAUAAAGAUUUUAAAAAAUGUUGUCAUUUACAUGCCUUAAUUAUGAAUUAUGUUUUGCAGUGUUGAUGAUGUGUUGAACACCAUCUCUAAGCGUGUUGACAGAGCGCGGGAGUUCAAAAUCCUCAUCUCCAGAACUAACAUUCUGGAGAGAGGCCUUCUACAGUGGCAGCGCCAAAAGAAGCAUUCACCUGCUUCUACUCUGAAAGUGAGUUUCAUUGGGGAGGCAGGAGUGGACACAGGUGCUCUCCGGAGAGAAUUUCUCACAGGUAAAACAAUUACAUACUUCGAUUCUUAUAUACUGACAUCUAAUGUACCUAUUUUAAGCUAGAUCUCAAAAUAUUUUCCCCUCCACAGAACAUGUAUACAUUCUGAUAGACAAAUACACCUAAGAAAGUCAAUAAAGUAUAAUUAAGCAGUGAAAAUAGCAGAUCUACAAGCUCACAAUGCAGAUAAUAAGAUUAUUAAAGUAAAUUUACCCCCAUUGAUUCCAGAUGGGGACCCGCGUCGACGCAGGUCCCCAUCUGGAAUCAAUGGAGGUAAAUUUUCCAAAAUCAUUUUCUGGUCCUAGGAAUGCGACAGAUACAAAAAAAAAUACUAUUGAACUCAGGUGUCGAAGGCAUGAGUAAUCAAUAGAAAAAAAGUCAUUUUGGGGGUGAACUACUCCUUUAAGUGCCCAGCAAAGACUGUUUGUUCCUCUUGGUAUAGAAAUGGUUGCCGGAAUCAAGGGCCAGUUCUUUGAGGGACCACAAAAUCAGAGGAUUCCACGCUAUUCUGUGACCGACUUUGACAAUGGCCUAUUCAGGUAUGUUUUAUAUAUAUAUAUAUAUAUAUUCAGGUGUGUUUUUUAUGGGGGGGGGGGGGGCUACAGUAUGGACAAACCACUCUAAAUGUUUUUCUAACAAGUAAAUGUAUUAAUGUUCAAUGUGUGUUUAUAGGAGUGUCGGAGAGAUUUUUGCUGUCAGCCUGUCACAAGGUGGCCCUUGUCCUGCUUGCUUCGGCCCAUGGACUUACAAAUACCAGUGGGCAGAUAGACACAAUGGAUCUCAACAGUAGCGCAGUGGCAGAUUUACAGUUGCGGUCCUUAAUUGACAAGGUAUGUCUUAUCCUCUGAAAAAUGGGAAAGAAAAUGAAGAGGGUAGGGCAUUUUGUGUCAUGUUAUGUUUACAUAGAAUAUUGCUUAGGGAUGAUCUUUGUGUUAAUGUAACAUCUUUAGGUUAAGUCGUCGACUGAGGAAUCAAUUAAUGGCCUGUCUGAAGAAAUCUACAACCUUGGAUUCACUGGAAAUGUGUCCAUUGUCCGGUAUGUGCAUUUCUUUUCAUCUAAGAAGAUAUACUUGGAUUUGGUUUUGUAGCUGAUCUUUUUUUCCUGUUGCAGUGCCAUCAUACUACAUGCAGUGCUGAGGUUGCAGCCCAUGUUGGAACAGCUAACAGAAGGCCUGAAGCUGUUUGACCUCCUCUCACUCAUCAGGAAAUACCCAGACAUCUGCCGGCCGCUGUUUGUUCCUGGGGAAGAUAUAAAAGUAAGAAAGAACAACAACCAUGUUCACUUAUCACAAAGUUUGGAAAUUUGUUUUGUAUAUUAUUUCACUGUUGUAACAAUGCUACAUGGCAAUAACCUUUAUACAGUUGAAAAGGUUUGGGGGGGGGGGGGUAUGCCAUGAUGCCAUAAAGCCAUAAAACAAAUUUCCGUGCCUAGCACAAUAUAUUCAGAUGAACUCAGGCCAGCAGGUGUGUGGGGGAUAUAUGACCUAUCCCACGGAUUAGUGUAUCAUAUGGGUAUAUACUAAGCCACCCAGGAACCCAACCUUGUUACCCCAGCCAACAUUUUGUGUUCUAUUAUGAAUUGAAGGAUUCUAUAAUUAACACAUUUUUCAUUAUAGGUUUGUCGAGUUUGUCAUGUCAUCCUUUAGUCCUCAACUGAAUGAUAAAGGGACUAACAGGCAUCAAGUCGAGAUGAAGAUGAUGGACUUCCUUCAGGACUUCCUUUAUGAAGUUGAAGCCAAAGGUAUAUAGCUUUAGGUUUUAUAAAUGACUGCUUGUAAGUCUUCAAGAUACCCAGAUGCUACCUGUAGUUACGAGCAGGUACAUUUUAUGCUCCCUAAAAAAACACUUUUUAAGAUGGAUCUGUAUAGCAACAUUUUUUUAAUUAGAAUUUGAAGGUUUUCAGAAACCUUAGGUUUUAGAAUUGGUCUCAGAUCUAAAUGGGUAAACUAUAACUCUUAUUUGUUUCAUAGCUGAAAAUCCGGUUUCGGAAAAUGAAAACAAGGAUCCUGAAGAUGAUGACACCGAUGGCCCAAGUCCCAUCACACCUGCUAGGCUUCUUCAGUGGAUGACAGGCCAAGGUCAUAUUCCACUUCUGCCCUCUGAGAGGGAACUUUUUGCUGUUAUCCUGAAGUUUAACCACGACUGCACUGCAGACUUUGGGGAUCACAGUGUGUGUUACCCCAUUGUGUCUGCAUGUGCCAAGACCAUUUCUCUGCCUGUAAGGCACAUGAGCUCCUAUGAGCAAUUCAAAAUGGUUCUAACAGAGGCUUUCCAUCUUGGCCAAGAAUUCAGCAAAGUGUAA